AUUUCGCUUGCUCUUCUUCCUUCUCUCUCAUACGUUGCAGCCAUAAGUAUCGUGAUUAUCGCCAAAAGGUUCUUUGCUUCACUGUUAUUAGAGGAUACAUUCUUGAGUUAUAUAUAAGCAAAUUUGUGUUCCGACUGUCAUUUUAUAGGAAACUAGCGCAACCAUUGGCGAGAGUCGAGAGAGUGUUCGGUUUCUGUGGGCGUUUCGAUUUCGAUUUCUCUCUCUCUUGCAAAGCCAUGCCGAAGAGGAAGGACAAAGACGACGACGAGAAUCCGACGGAGGAGAUGAUCGCCGAGGACUGGUGCUUCGCGUGCAAGGACGGUGGAGAGCUGCUUCUCUGUGACCACCGGAAAUGUGUUAAAGCUUACCACCCAGAUUGUGUUGGGAAAGAUGAGUCAGCUUUGACGAGUGAUAAACGUUGGACAUGCAGAUGGCACUCCUGCUUGGUUUGUGAUAGAUCUUCAAAGUACCAUUGCUAUUGCUGUCCAAAUGCAGUAUGCCGUGGCUGUACAGGUGAAGCAAGAUUUGUGCGUGUUAAUAAGAAGUAUGGAUUUUGCCAUGACUGUACAAAGCUAGCACUGCUUGUAGAGGAAAAUAAGGAUGUCGACUCUGAAGGGGAAAGUGUAGACUUAAAGGACCGGGACACCUAUGAGGGCCUGUUCAGAGAGUAUUAUGAGAUUAUCAGGGAAAAGGAAGGAUUUGAUGCAGAUACUGUUCGUAAAGCUAAAAUCCGACUAGACAAGGACAUAGGCAAGGACAAAAGUGAUUCUGACUUUAAUGAAAGUAAUGAAGGUGAAGAGGAUCUUUGUUUUUCAUCUGACUCUGAUGAAAAUGGAUAUGAUUCGGGAGGACAGAAACAUGGACACAGAAGGAAGAAAUUGAAAAUUCAGAAGACCAAUUCUCAUAAAAAUGAGUCUCAUAAAAAGGAGAAAUCUAAAAAAAUGGUAUUUGAUAGUUGGGGUUCUGUAGCUCUCAUACGGUUUCUUAAAUCGAUUGGUGAGGAUACAAAAGAAGAAUUAUCACUGGAUGAUGUUGAAAGGAUUAUACUUCGAUAUGUUAAAGAAAACAAGCUUUUCCACCCAACUAAGAAAAGGAAGAUUAUUUGUGACUCUCAAUUGCAAUCUAUCUUAAGGAGGAAGGAGGUCAAUAAGAACAGUGUGCCUAAACUCCUUGAAUGUCAUUUUGCUAUCAACCUAGAGGAGUCAGAGGAUGAUGAGAUUUGUGAAGAUAUUGAAGAUGGAGAUGAAAAAACUGUGGAGACCUGUGAAGUGGAAAGAAAGCAAAAGUCAGACACUGAUGAGCAAAAGUCAGACACUGAUAAGCAAAAGUCUGACAGUGAUAAGCAAAAAUCAGGCAGUGAUAAGCACAAAUCAAACAAUGAUAAGCAAAAAUCAAGCAAUAAUAAGCAAAAAUCAGGCAAGGGUACUUCCAAGAAGGAAGGGUUGAUGAAUAUGUUCCAGAGUCGUUAUGCUGCCGUAGUUCCAGAAAACAUUAAACUUGUUUACUUGAAGAAGAGCUUGGUGCAUGAGUUAAGCAAACAACCUCAAGAAUUUCAAAACAAGGUGGUAGGGAGUUUUGUUCGGGUCAAAUCAAAUCCAAGUGAUAUUCGCCGUAGGAGUGGCUUAUUUCAACUUGAGCAAGUCACAGGCAUUAGCAGUGCUUCAGUUGCCGAAGAAAAUAGUGAGGUUAUGCUUCGUGUUUCAAAUAUGCCGAAUGAUAUCAGCUUGGGCAUGCUCUCCGAUGGCGAGUUUUCAGAGGAGGAGUGUGCACAAUUGCAACAGAAGGUGAAAGCUGGCCUGCUGAAGAGGCCUAUUUUGGUAGAACUUCAAGAGAAAGCAACAAGUCUACAUGAGGAUAUUAUAAAGCAUUGGAUUCCUAGAGAGCGGGUUAGAGUGCAAACCCUCAUCGAUUUGGCAAAUGAGAGAGGGUGGAGGCGUGAUCUAUAUGAGUACUUGGCCAUGAGAAAGAAUCUAGACGAUCCAUCUGGAGUGUCUAGGCUAUUACAAAAACUCCCCGUGGUGAUUCCCGAUAUAGAACUGCCUGACAAUACUCCCGAGGACAUCAACAGUGAAAGAAAAGAAAACGGCGGAGCCUCACAAGAAUCACCUCCAAUAGUCGUCCCCAAAGAAAACGAGCCUAGCAAAACCGGACAGCCUCUCCAAUCAACUGCAAAUAAGGAGUCGAACAGCUUAGAGACAUGCCAGCUGGAAGGAGCUUUGCCUGGUAUCAAAAAACCAAAUUCUCAAAGUGAUGAAAUGCAAAUGCAGCAGACGGAUGUCAAUGUGGAAAAUGAAGAAACCCGUGGGCAGGCGAUGGCUAAUCUGACAGAAUCUCGUGAUAAUGAAAGGUCUGGAGGCGGAGUUUGCGGUGAUCUAAACCUAAAUCAGCCAAUGGAUGUCAAACUGGACGUGGAAAACAGCGACAAGCAAACAACGGGUGAAGUGAUUGAAGCUGGCGGUGAUGAAAAGUCGAAGAAGGCGGUGACUUGCGAUGGUAAAACUCAAAAUCAGCCUAUGGAAGUCAAGCGGGAAACAGAAAACAUAGCAACGGCUACUGUGACGAAACCUGGUGCUGGUGAAAAGCCUGCCAUUGUGACUUACACUCAUAGGAAGCAAAUGCAGCAGACACAUGUCAAUCUGAAAAACAAAGAAAUCCCCAAGCAGGCAAUACUGGCUAAUCUGACAGAAUCUCGUGAUCAAGAAAGGUCUGGAGGCGAUAAAAACCAAAAUCAGCCUAUGGAUGCCAAACAGGACGCAGAAAACAGCCACAACAAGCAAACAAUUGAAGCUGGAACUGAUGAAAAGCCGAAGAUUGUGACUUACUAUGGUAAAAAGCAUAAUCAGCCUAUGAAACCCAAGCUCGAAACAGGAAAAAGCCUCAAACUCGGAACUGAUGAUAUAAAAGAAUCUAAUGCUGCUGCUGCUGCUGCUGAUGAUGAAAAGGUGGAGGUUGCAACCGAGAACCCAGAGGCACUCGUAUGGCAUAUUCUUGGGAUGAACAAAAGAAACGAGAAGUAUAAUCUGUCGUUUUUGAAGAAAUGGAGUGAAACAAAUCGUCUAGCACACAAGUCCAAGGUUUUUAAGGAAGGUCAAUGUGAAGAGAAUGCAAUCCCAUUGAUGGAUGCUGUCAAGCUGGCUUUUCCAAGAGCCACUAGGUAGCCUGUGCUGUUGAUACCCACAACUCAGCACAACAUCCAAAAUGCGGGGAAAAAAAAAAAAAGAGAUCCAAGAACCUGUAUCUAUCUCUAUCUAUAUAUACAUGCAUAGGCUGAUGAACAUAUGCCAUGCUAUCUUUUAAAACCUUUAAAAACCUUGUUGGGUUUUGGCUGGAAGCUUCUGUUAUGGUUGUUUCCAUAGACAAUUAGCCCUUCUGUUUCUAGUACUUUCUGCAAAAUAAUGGUGGUGUUUUGUGAACUGGUUUUCAUCACCUUCAAUGGCAUAACAUUUAUUCAGAAAA